AGAUUCGUCUACUUCACCUUGGACGCGCCUCCAAACGCGGAGGUAUCCCCCGACACGAGGAACGUGUUCAACUGGACCAUGACCUACCGCCUGGACUCGGACGUGCCCUUCUCGCUCGGGGAGGUCGUGCCCCGGGGGCCCGUGCCGCCGCGCUCCAAGGGAUGGCUCCGCCCGCCGGCCAUGCCGAUCGGCCUCGCAGAGGUCUUGGACCGCUCCCUGCCGAGCGGCGACAACUCGGACUUCUUUUAUUGGACCUCUGCACCGAAAAAUGAUCGAAUAGCUGUGUGGGUAUUCAACGAAUGCCAAUCCAGCAGCUGGAGAAAGAAAGUCGUGGACCAAUUAGCUACUUACAUAACGGUGGACGUCUUCACCAGCUGCGGAAGGUUUACUCAAAAAGUGGAAACGAUCCCUGAAAAUUUAAUUAAGAAAUACAAGUUCUACCUUGUUUUCGAAGAAUCAUUUUGUAGUGAAACCUGCUUAAAUGGUCACCUUUAUUAAAUACUGAAGGAUCCAACACGAACAUUCUCCAGCAAUUCUAGCCAGGAGGACCUAGGGCAUCCAGGAGAUUGCAACAAUGGAGGUGGAACCUGCCAAAUUGACUUGGUUAGGUGAAGCCCCACCCGCUGACAGCAAUCUGCAACUGAGAAUUUGCUGUUGACUACAGAAGACUUCUUGACUGCAAAUCUCUGGUAAACAAAAUGAACAUUGGAUUUUCAAUUACUGCAGUUUGCAACAGUGCAUUUCUAAUAAAACAGC